AGGGCGCUAACUCUUGGCCGGGCGAGCUCUGUCACGGCGAAGAAGAAGAAGAGUUCUAGCCCAUAGAGCGCGUUGGACAAGACAACACAGAUCUACCGGCAGCAGCCAUGACAGACGAGAACCCCAAGGAGGGAGUGAAAACGGAGAACGAGCACAUCAACCUAAAAGUGGCUGGCCAGGACGGUUCGGUGGUGCAGUUCAAAAUCAAGAGGCAAACUUCACUUGUCAAACUGAUGAGGGCUUAUUGUGAACGGCAGGGAUUAUCAAUGAAUCAGAUAAGAUUUCGGUUCGAUGGCCAGCCUAUCAAUGAAACGGACACCCCUUCUCAGCUCGAAAUGGAGGACGAAGAUACAAUCGACGUGUUCCAGCAGCAAACCGGAGGAUGUUCUCCAUAAAGACUGUUGCUGUCUGAGCUGGCGCCUACCCCAAGUGACAUCAGAUGACACCGUGGACUGGACCGCCAGGCAAUCACACAGAUAAACAAACUUGAGCAGUCAAGGCUCUAGCCCACAUAGUGAAAAUUCAAUUUUUAACACCCAUUAUAAUAGAAUUGGAAUUGUUCCUUUAUACCCCCCCCCCACCACCCAAAAAAAACUAUUAUUGAAAGAAAAAUCCUACGACACUGAAGAACUCAAAAAAAUAUAUGUAAAAAAGCUGCUAAAAGUCGAAUCUGCAGGUACCAAACUGUUAGCUCCCCACAUUCUACGCGUCAUAGAAAAGUUUUAAAUCCUGUGAAACAAAAGUCAGAAGGAGAAAAUUGUAGUUUUUAAAAGUUUUCGCACCACUACAUAUAUAUUACUAAAAAAUGUGUAGCGUUUAAAAUAAACGGAUGUGCUCCGAA